AUGGAUAUUCUGCGUCAUUUUCAAACGUUUGCUUGGUGUAAGCCAGAUUGGUGCUACCCAAGUAUGGGAAAGGAAACAAAUGAACUUCUCAGGCAAUGCAUAGAUUUGCCUUCGGUCACGCUGGUGGAUGACAUUGAAGAAAUCAUUAAGAAGAGUAAAGCAUUUCCAAUACCUUUUCCAAUUGAGACUGUCAGAUUAGAAAAAUUACAAGUCCGGAGGCCAGUUGAAAAGCUCAGAAGAAAUAUUGUCUCCACUUAUCCCCUCAUUCAUGAGAGAGUUCUGCUCCUAAUGACACACUUUCUAAUUUAUAAGAGGGAAUUUGGUUCAAACAUAGAAAAGGUACUUUACAAAGACAUGUCAGUCCCGGAGCUGAUUGAUAGGAUAUUGAAGAAGAGAGCUGUCACUUUUAUGGGAAAAUUGGAUACUUAUAAAUUGCUCACUGGUGAACAGGGGAGAGAAGGUUGGGAAUCGGUUGGCACUUUACAUCAGAAGCCACCGCUGGUGCUGGAGAACUGCCUGAGCUAUGACGAGAUUAAACUGGCCUCGAUGGUCUAUGUCAGCGGGCAUACAGAGUGUAUUAAUGACGGAGAAAGAAAUAACGCCGGCGUCAUAAGGGAGGAAAUAGCGGAGGACGAUGCAGUUAUAAUAGGACUUGUGGGUCCGCGUUUCCAGCGUCCGGGUCGCAUGGACUAUGAGGAUAUACUGAUCACCGAGCAACAGAACUGCCUAGAGCACGGCUACGGUGAGGAAGUGACGCCCACAACUUGCCUCAACGUGCUGAAGACGACCUACGUGAGGAACAACCAGUCAGCGAAGCACAUGUGGAGACAGAUGUGGUCGGAGUUCUACCAGGUCCACAGCUAUACCUACGAGGAGCUGACCUCCUACGUGAACAUCCAAGAGAAGUCAGAGGACAAGAGGUACACGGACAGAUAUGUGAAGAAGCCAUCCAGCGAGGAUAUCUUCGACAACGAAGUGUACUACAAGAGGCUGUGUGUUCUCGCAGAGGUGGCGCUUUUGGAGGCGGAUUUUAGGGCCAAAGAGGCGGGGAGACAGGCAUUCCUCAACAUCAUUGGAUGCGGUUUGGGUGUUUGGAGGAUAUCGUUACACCAGCCCGAUGUGUACAUCCUGACUUUUUUGGAGAGGAUACGAUCGUUCCUUAAGAAGGAUUUGUUGAAUCACGUCUCCGAUGUCAACUUCGCCUUCAUAACGCCGAGCAAGGGGAUAUUAAAUCUAUUCACAAACUCUGAAGUAGCCGAAACGCCAACCGAGAAGAGGAUAUUCUUCGAGAGCAAACGGCAUCCGAAGGGUGGCAUCAACGUGCAAUUAGAGAACAGGCACCCUUCGGCGAAACUCACGGGAGAGCAUGAAGGCAAACUGCUGGUGAUGACCUAUCCGUGGGAUGGAAAUGCACACCCUGGCAACGAGUUCUGGCUCGGCAGCCUGAAGUCGUCCGGGGACCCGGCCGCCGCGUGUUCCACGCAAGUGGCCGAGUUGCACAACGCGCACGUCAACCCGGCCGUGAGCGGGCACAACGCGCGGGUCGCCGGCCGCUCCGGCGUGGGCACGCUCAGCGAGUAUUGCGCCUCCCUCUCCGCG